GACCUGCAUCCCCGCGGGGUAGGCGAGCGGGCGGCGGUCUUUGCGUGCGCUGCGCUCCGGCCGGCGGCUGCGGGCGGACACGGGGCCAGGCCGGCGCAGGGGCUGAGUUUCUGCAAAGUUUGACCUGGUUGCCUUUCCGAUGCUGCACCAGAGCGAGGCAACGCGGGGCGCGCCAGGCGGCUGCGGCGCGGCGGCGGGGCUGAGCGGUUACAGCACGCUCACAAUGAUCAUAAAAUAAAGCAGGCGCGCGGGGUGGGGGCGAGAGAGCCCCGAGCCUCACCCCUCCGCCCCCGGCCACCCCCCAGCAGCCCCGAGCUAGGAGGACGUGGGGGCCGGGGGCGCCCACGCCGGCCCCAGACCCCAGUAGAGCUAAAGGACACUGCUUGGGGAAAGGGGGGGCGCCCCGAGGACGUGCCCGCGGCGGGUUCAGGGCGUCCGGAGGGCGGCAGCCCGGGCACGCGGAGCGGGCCGAGGGGCAGGUCCUCGGCGGCCGCGGCGAACCAGGCGGCGGCCCGAGCGCAGCCCUGGGGCUCCGCACGGCGGCGGGCGGCGACAGCGACAGCGGCGAGGGGACGCGGCGUGCCCGCGAGUGGGCGCCGACGGGGAUCCGCGCCGCGCUCCUCGGGGGCCCCGCGGGAGCCGGGCGCUCGCCUCCUGGAAGCCACCGAGGGCGCCUGGACCUCGGCGGACUGAACAGAAACUGCUCUUCCAUUGAUUCGGCCGGACUGGGCAGGCGGCCGGGUGCGUGUGCCCCGAGCGCGUGCGGAAGGCAGAAGGGCAGGAAGUCGGUCUUCUGCAGCGAGGGUGGCGGCACCGCGCAGGCGACGGAGCCUUCCUUAUUUAUGUGCCUGCCGGCAUUUGCCUUCUUCGCCCCAAGACUUCAGGGAGCGUCUCUGAGCUGCGUUCCCCGCGUGUGAGGCACGGAAGGAAGGGCCGGAUGUCUGAACAACAUGAUUAUCCAUUAACCUCCAAACUUUUCUUUUUUUAACCCAAAGAAUAUCGGUGAUUUUUGUCCACUGCUAGCAGAAGAAGAGAGAACCCAGGGCCCUUGAAAUGCAGCAAAAUCCUUAUUUAUAAUCAGGCCCGAGGUAGUGAUAUGCAAACCCCCUCUACUCAGUGAAUUUUCUAUCCUAUGGAUAUCAGUCUUGAGAUUUGAGAUUGGAGAGCUGUACUGUCUGCACUGGGUCCGGCAGCCUCCAUCCUUUCAAUGCCCGAUUUUCUCUGGGACUGCUGGCCUUCCCUGGAGAUCAGAGCCGUACUGUGUGCCAUGGGCUGUAUUCAGAGCAUCGGGGGCAAAGCCAGAGUCUUCCGGGAAGGCAUCACGGUGAUCGAUGUCAAGGCCUCUAUCGAUCCCAUCCCCACCAGCAUCGAUGAGUCCUCCAGCGUGGUGCUCCGCUACCGGACACCCCACUUCCGUGCCUCGGCCCAGGUGGUCAUGCCGCCCAUCCCCAAGAAGGAGACCUGGAUAGUUGGCUGGAUUCAGGCGUGCAGCCACAUGGAGUUCUACAACCAGUAUGGGGAGCAGGGCAUGUCCAGCUGGGAGCUCCCGGACCUCCAGGACGGCAAGAUUGAGGCCAUCAGCGACUCGGAUGGGGUGAACUACCCCUGGUACGGCAACACCACGGAGACCUGCACCAUCGUGGGCCCCACCAAGAGAGACUCCAAGUUCAUCAUCAGCAUGAAUGACAACUUUUACCCCAGCGUCACGUGGGCCGUGCCCGUCAGCGAGAGCAACGUGGCCAAGCUGACCAACAUCUACCGGGACCAGAGCUUCAUCACGUGGCUGGUAGCCACCAACACCUCGACCAACGACAUGAUCAUUUUGCAGACACUGCACUGGCGCAUGCAGCUCAGCAUCGAGGUGAACCCCAGCCGGCCCCUGGGCCAGCGCGCCCGGCUGCGGGAGCCCAUCGCCCAGGACCAGCCCAAAAUCCUGAGCAAGAAUGAGCCCAUCCCGCCCAGCGCCCUGGUCAAGCCCAAUGCCAACGACGCUCAGGUCCUCAUGUGGCGGCCCAAGUACGGGCAGGCGCUGGUGGUGAUCCCGCCCAAGCACCGGUGACAGCCAGGGCGCCCGCGAGGUGACACCCGAGUAACAACACCACGCAAACAACCCGCACGGACUCUGCAGUCGUUCAGCAAAAUACAACCUUUCUACCUUCUCCAGCGGGCGGAUCUCACUGUGCGAACGCC